AUGGGAUUGAGUGAAAGGUUUACCGAAGAAAUGUCGACAUUCGAGUCCUUUGCGGGCAUCCCUUCCUAUCUUGUAAUUUUACAAAUCAUCUUCUCUACAUUCUUUCUCAAGCUCUUUCUCACUGCAAUUUAUCGUAUCACUUUCCAUCCAUUUGCAAAGUAUCCCGGCCCAAGAUGGGCAAAGAUCACAGAUUUGUAUUCUGCUUAUCAUAGUUUGAGAGGAACUCUUCAAAUUAGAACAUUGCAAGCUCAUGAUAAAUAUGGGAGUGUAGUUCGCUUGGGCCCCAAUAAGUUGGUUUUUAAUUCGGCUGAAGCUCUUCAAGAGAUUUACUCAUCGAAAAAUGUUCAAAAAUCAAAAGGAUAUGCUGCUCUAGUCACCACACCAGGUGUACAUAACGUCCACAAUGCAGUGGAUUUCUCAGUCCAUAAACACAAAAGAAGGGUUCUCUCAAAAGGUUUCUCUAUUCCAUCUUUGCUAGCUUUCGAGCCAACAAUGAUCAGUACUGUUAAUCUCUUGAUUAAAAAUCUAGCUAAGGCAUCUAUCAAAAGCGAAAGUCAAGAUAGAUGGUCGACACCUAUCAAUAUGGGUACUAGCUUUAAACAUAUGUCUUUAGACGUCAUGGGAGAAUUUGGCUUUGGACAAUCAUUCAACUUACAAACAUCUUCUGAUAACCAUUUUCUUUCUGGAAUGGUUGCAGGUAUAUCAACGAGAGGGGGUGUUUUACUCCAAUGUCAAGCUUUUCAAAAAAUAAGAAUCGAAAGGUUUUUCUACCGGAAAGUUCAUACGGCGGUUAUGAGAUAUUACUCUACGGUGAGUAAAUUGGUGGCAGAUAGGCUGAAGGAAGAUAAGAAUUCAAAGAAAGAUUUGUUUGCCUUCAUUUUCGAUGCGCAGUAUUCGAAUAAUGGUAAGCAUGAAGAUAUUGAAACAAUGACGGUUUCGGAAUUAUUUACUGAGAGUGGAUUUUUACUUGCUGCUGGUUCUGAUACAUCCUCGACGACUCUCUCCGCACUUCUCUUCUACCUCUCUCGAUACCCAAAAUGUUACGAAAAAGUCGCCACAGAAAUCCGAUCUACCUUCUCAUCUCUCUCCGAAAUUCACAGCGGCCCAGAAAUCACCUCCCUCAAAUAUCUACGCGCCUGCAUUGAAGAAGCUCUCCGCAUGAGUCCACCCCUCGGCUCCGCACUCUGGCGGGAAGUUCGUCCCGGAGGUAUCACUAUCGAUGGUGAACUUGUUCCUGCGGGCUAUGAUAUCGGAUGUGCAGUCUAUGCUGUACAACAUAAUGAACGCUAUUUCCGUAACUCCUUUGAAUUUCAACCUGAACGUUGGAUAGUAUCGGAAGAUAGCCCGCAGGAAAAAAUUGAGGAGAUGAAAAUGGCAUUUGCACCGUUUAGUUUGGGACCGAGGGGAUGUCCAGGGAAAACGAUGGCGUAUAUGGAGAUGGGGCUUAUGAUGUCGAGGAUGAUCUUUUGUUUUGACUUCAGGAGACCGAGGGAUGGGGGGUUGGGGGAGGUGGGGGAGGGGGUAGUGGGUGAUAUGGGGGGAAGGGAAAGAGUAAAUGAGUUUCAGUUGAUGGAUCAUUUGGCUAGUACGCAUGUGGGUCCGUAUGCGGAGUUCAGAUUGAGGGAUGGGCUAGAGAGUGUGUUUGAGGGGCUCUAG